AUGUCUGAUGAAAAUGAUGAAUUGAAAGUGCGAAGGAGAAGGAAGCACCGAAGCCGUCGAGAUGGAAGUCGAGACCAAAGCAGCAGUAGCAGACAUAGAAGCAGCAGUCGGGAUCAUCACCGACGCCACAAGAGUAGCAGAGGAGGACGUUCCAGAGGAACGGAAUCUACCAAAGAUUCUCCUCCAUCGGCUCUCGGUGGUACUGCUGUUGUGGCAACAUCAGAUGUAAGGAUGGAAGAUGUGGAAGCACUCGACUUUGAUCCGUCUGAAACCAAAAAAUUGCUGAAAGAUGAUCCUGCUUUUACUGAGGAGACGAUGCAGGAGAACAUCUUCAGUCUGAUGUAUAUUGCCCCUGUCAACACUGGAGCAUUCUGGUUUGCUCUUAUUGUGUCCCUCUUUCAGCUGGCCUUGCCUUUCUUGGCUCUAUUGGAUUUGAUUAUUCUGAACGAUGAAGAAGGGAAUUAUCUUCAACUUCCGAACAACGUUUCUAUCCAAGUCCGUGUUCUAGCAGCAAUGGUGCUCGUAUUGGCAGUGGUGCAGUUCUGGGAUCUCAUGGAAGCAGUGGAAAAGCUCCAAAAGGGGCCACCGCCCUCCCGGUCUGAAACUCCUCCUGGUGCCAAGUGCUGGAAGUUUUACUUGUCCUACACAAUUCAGAUGGUCAUGGGAGCGUUAUUUCAGGUUUCUGUUUUUGUUUUCAUUAUGCAAUCGACUACCAUUCUAGACAUUUUCCUGAACUUUGCUGCCCUCGAAUUCAUUACAUCAGUCGAUGAAUUCGCAUUUCUAUUUGCCCAGCGAGGCUAUGUGAGCAAUCCUGUCAAGAGAGCCUGCGAUCAUGUCAAUGAAAUCAAGAUAUUGAGGCGAAAGGGCGGCCGGGUGUGUCGCCGAAUUCAGGUUUUGUUUUUUGGUGUUGUCAUGUUGUCCAUGUACACCGUGCUUUCUCUUCAGCAACAAUCCGGAAGAUUUGAUUGCGAGAAGAUUGAAGUUCAGUUUGGUGAUGGAUUCAUUACAAUCUUGCCAAUCUUUUCGGGAAUGUACACUUUCAAUCGAAAAGACAAAGCCGAGGGGCGGCCUGUCUAUUGGGAUGAUCGUCGAGGUGCAGCGUUUCGAUACUGCACAAAGGGUGAUAGUACUGGGAUCUUUUCAUUUGCGAAUACCGGGUACUGGGUAUUCAACAUCAUCCUAGACGAUGUCAAGAGUGUCGAAGACAUGUGUGAAAAUUUUAUCUCUAGAUCUCCUGACACGAAGGCGUAUGACCUUUUGGAAGCGCCAGGACGCGAAUGGCUGACGAAGCGCCAGUUGGGUGACUCGGUUCAAUAUCAGGUGGAUUUCUUCCAGUUGCGAUGUGCCGAUUGCGAAGAUGAGACGUGCAAUGGGCAGUGUGUCAACGAUGUAUGCGUCUGUGGACCAGAACAAUUCGGCAUUAAUUGUCAGUUUAACCAGCCACCUUGCAAGAAGACCGAUUACGAUCGCCGAACAAAACCAUUCACUGGUGUUGGCGAUUUCUACAGCUCAAGGUUUGACUUAUUGACGAAACCAGAUGGUUCGGCAUUUUAUUCAUACAACAGGCCGGUGUAUACUUUUGUUCAUCAAGAUGGUUUUGUUGAUUUUCUAAUCAAUUUUGGAAGAAGGUACUUUCUCUUUGAUAUCUUCGCAGUCAACAUUGCAGGUGCUGUUCAAGCACUUACUGAACCAGAUGAAGGCGGAAAUCAAUUUCCCAUUAUCAAUACUUCAGUCCUUGUCGAAAAUUUCACAAAUUUUCAUCCUUGGUACAACUGGAUCAAGCCUCUGUAUGCAGAAGGCAAGAUAGUCAAUCAAACGGCAGACCAAGAAAUCUAUAGGGUACCAGUGUUUGUUAGCGAUCCAAUUGACGUUGGUACACAGAGCGACAGUCUCUCCCCUCUUGGUCUUUCUUGGCAACGGACGAAUCGUGUCACACUGUCGAAAAAGAACUACUUUGAUCUCUUUCUGAGAGGAACAGGGAUCGAAACAGUUUUGAUUUGCUCCAGGUGCUCUGCAUCUUCUCCAUGCCUAAACGGAGGGACGUGCUUGCCAAAUAACCGAACCUGUGAUUGUCCGUUGAGAAAUGAUUUUGGUGAUGACUUCAUGGGUGAUUUUCUAGGCGACGUUGUAUAUGGCGGCACCCUAUGCGAACUUGACUGCACUGAACAGGGUAAUAGUGAAAAUGAAGCGUGCGCAAUUGAUUUCAAUCCGUGGGAUGAUGACAAUUUUGGAGACGAUGACUUCUUUUUUGGCGGCGGGGACGAUGACCCAUUUCGCGGCAACGGCAACUUUGGUGACGAUGACCCAUUUAACGACGAUCCCAAUUUCGGGGAUGACGACCCAGCUACACCUGAUGGCGGUGAUCCAGCUGUUCCAAAUGGUACACCAGAUGGGGCGGGUGGUGAUCCACCAAACAACCCAACAGAUGACGAUCCAAAUGCUCCAACGGAUGAUGAUCCGAACACUCCAACAGAUGAUGGCAACCCUGAUGAUCCAAACUUCCCAACCGAUGAUGGCAACCCUGAUGAUCCAAACUUCCCAACCGAUGAUGGCAACCCUGAUGAUCCAAACUUCCCAACCGAUGAUGGCAACCCUGAUGAUCCAAACUUCCCAACCGAUGAUGGCACUCCAACAGAUGAUCCAAACUUCCCAACCGAUGAUGGCACUCCAACAGAUGAUCCAAACUUCCCAACCGAUGAUGGCACUCCAACAGAUGAUGAUCCAAACACUUUCGGAGACGAUGGCGGUGGUUUCGACGACGAUGCCCCUCUAUAA